CCAGCAGCCAGCAAGGUGGCAGAGGCUGAGAGCUAACCAGGAGGCGGGAAGGGCUCCAUGCGGCCUGCCGCCAUGGGGACAUCUUUAAAUGUAAGGGGCUGGGCCUCUGCGAGAUCUGGCAGGUGAAGGUGGCCCCAGCCGGACUGUUGCCCUUUUCUAAAUAAAGCCAGGGGACAACAUGGGUCAUGUGCAUGAGGGCCCUUCCUCCUCAGAUGCCCCUGCCAAACUCACACCCUUUGUCCCCAGUGUGGGAACACCUGGGAACAGCUCGGACAAACCCUGGGGCCUUGGACGCCACAUGAGGCCAGGCCAGGCCAGGCUGCUCUUGGGGUAGAGACACUCUGGUCCCUGACAUCCACUUGCAGGGGUCACAGAAGAGCACAGUGCUUCCUGGGAUUCAUGGCCAGUGGGGUCUGGUGAACAAUAUCCCCAAACUGGGGACUCCUACUCAGCCCCCAGUCACAGCCAAAGCCAAGCAGCGUGGCACGUGGGUGCUGGGAGGCAAACAUACACAGAAGACGCAUUCAGUUCUCCAGCCCCUGGCCACUGAGGCAGUUGGGUGGCCGAGAUUAGGGGUGGGAAAACUGUGGACCAGGAAGGAAAAGAGAAUGCAAGACUAGCACCAGCUGCCAGGUCAGCUCAGAGAUGGAGGCAGGGAUGCCCUCUCCAGCUCCAGGAGGGCAACCACUUCUUACUGCCUGCCUGGUGCUUAUGCCAUCUGCCCAAGAGGGCUCCAGCCCUGACAGCCCCUGUGGGUGCCACCAGCCAAGCAGGCCAGGAGGUCUGGUCAGGAUGUGGCUAGUGAAGGGACAGAAGGCCAGAGAGUAAGGAGCAGCUGUCUAGAUUUCAGGACCUAUGUCCAUGUCGUAGACGAGAGUGAACACUCCUUCCUGGAAUGAUGUGACCUGCACACAUGGGCGGGCAGCCAGCGUGGCCUAAGUGUUAGCACCUUCAUCACCACCUGACACUCAUCUCAGGUUGCCAGGUGGCAUUCAUUAGGGUUGUACAACCACAUGCCCACUCAGUGUCCUUCCCACCCACAUCUGAGGAUCAAGGCGAAAGUCCCAAAGGAAUUCCCCCAUGUGCCCAUCCACCUGCUGCCAUGCGCCGGCUCUGGGGACAUGAAAUACGGAGGCAUGGGGCAGACUCACAGGGCAGUGCUGCUGUGCUGUGGGAUGUGCACAGGCUGCCCCAGAGCAUGGUGUGAGGCUCUUGCUCCCUUGGCAGCCCAACUUCCUCACUGUGUUCCUGCCUCGGGGGUCAGGAAUACUUGCUGUGUCUGCUGGGAUGCUCUUUCAUUGAGAGCAGGAGAUCUGGCUGAGCCAACUACAUUCUGAAUGUGAGGUUUCCCCCAAAGAACUGGACGUUCCUGAAGAAUAUCUGUUCUCUGGGAGUGGAGGGAACACUCUAUAUUGUGACUUUACCUGCCAAUUUCUUGUUCAGUUAUGACAAGACCAGGUGUGUGCCCACAGUCUCCCACAAGCUACAACCGACAGACCGCUCUGCAGCUCUGAGGUGCCAGGUCCUGGGCCAGGGCCACCCUGGCAUGGGGAGGGAAGCCCCAGGGCCAACCACCCACACUGCCCAUCUCUCACAGUGCUGACAAGACCCAAGCACCCACAGGCACCCGGCAAACCACUAAGUUACAGUGUUGGGCCUGUCCAACCUCAUCAAGAUGUUCACUCAGGCCUGAUGGCACCUGCAGAGCAGCUCUGAGCACAUGGGACAUGCCGAGCUCAUCCUUCAGUCCUAGCUCCACAUGCUGUGGGCUCUCCGGGGCCAUAGUCCCCCCAGGCUCAGCUCGCGUCCAUGAGAGCUGGCACAGCUGCUCACACUUGACCCAUGCAUGCUCCUCUGGGGCUCCCAUGAGCCUUCUUGCUCUGCGCAGCAAGUGGUACAUGAGCAGGCACAUCUCCAUGUCCCGCCAGACGAUGGCCACAUGAGGUGGUGCUCAGCACAGGGUAGACAUUCAGCACGUCAGUGUGAGGAGCUGGGGACAGCUAGGUGGGGACAGCUAGGAGCUGCAGCACUAGGAGCUGCCUGGUGGCCUGGAGCACAGGGUGGGUUUCUGGCUCUGAGGAGCCUCCACCUGGUGGAGAAAACUCCCCCCCCCCCCCCGCACUACCAGCUGGUGCUGAGGACCGUGGCGGGUCGGACUGAGCAGGACAAAGUGUAGGAUGUGGAGCACGUGCUGACCAGCUUCUGUUAGGAGCGUCCAGAAUAAACCACACAUCACCCAGGCUCUCCAACAGUACUUCCUUCUGAUGUUGAUGAGAAAAAAGUCAGUUCCUGGCAGGCCACUGUCUGUGUGGGGUCUGCACUUCCUCCCACAACCCACAGCUGCACUCGGUGCUAACGCGGUGUCCACACAGCACCUGUCUGCCUGUGGAUGUGCAAGCCCUGCGCUGGAUGGUGUCCUGGCCAGGCUGGUACCUGCCUGUGCCCCGAGCUGCCGGGAUAGGCGCUGGCCACCCUUGACCCGGAACUGGAAUAAGUGGGUUGGAAAGUGAAUGGAUGAGUACAAAUUACUGUAAAAUAAAAGUUUGUAAAGUCUACAAUAAUCAUACAGAUGCACAGCAAUAAAGGAUGUGGUGUGGACGCGCUCAGUGAGCUGCUGUAUUUGUGACCAUUUGCGGGCUGUGUGGUGGCAGAAGGUGGUUCAUGCAGUCUCGCUUCACAGGCAUUUGUCCCGAUUUCACCCACUACCACCACCACCAAACGCCUCACCAAAAGUUGGCAACAGUCACAGAGCCUCACCGGCUGCCAUGUGGGGCUGCGGCUGGUUCAACGGGACAGGCAGGAGUGAGGAGCCACCCGCCUGCCAGGACCUACAGCUUGGGCUGUCCGUGCUGUCACUGCUCUGCCUGGCCGCAGGUGUCCCCAUCGGCCUCUGCUACAAUGGCCUGCUGGUGUUGGCCAACCUGCAUAGCAAGAACAGCAUGACCAUGCCAGAUGUGUACUUCGUCAACAUGGCUGUGGCGGGCCUGGUCCUCAACGCUCUGGCCCCCGUGUGCCUCCUCGGCACCCCUGGCUCGGCAUGGGCCCCAUGGAGCGUCAGCAGCGAGGCGCACAUCGCUCUGCUGAUCCCAUUCAAUGUGUCCUCCCUGGUGGCCACAUACUCCACCACCCUGCUCAGCCUCGACCACUACAUCGAGCGCGCGCUGCCACGGACCCACAUGGCCAGCGUGCACAACACUAGGCAUGUGUGCGGCUUCAUCUGGGGUGGGGCCUUGCUGACCAGCUUCUCCUCACUGCUUUUCUACAUCUGCAGCCGCGUGUCCUCCCGGGUCCUUGAGUGUGCCAAGAUGCAGAGCGCAGAGGCUGCUGACGCCAUCCUGGUGCUCAUUGGCUAUGUGGUGCCGGCACCGGCAGCCAUCUAUGGGCUGGUGCUCAUUUCGCGCAUCCAGAAGGCGGACACACCGCUUGACCAGGACACAGGGAGGCUGGACCCCUCAGCACACAGGCUCCUGGUGGCCACGGUGUGCACACAGUUUGGGCUCUGGACUCCUCACUACCUGACCCUCCUGGGGCACACAGUCCUGGUCUCUCGUGGGAAGCCAGUGGACGCUCGCUACACAGGGAUGGUGUACCUAGCGAAGGAUUUAUCAAAAGUCUUGGCGUUCUCGAGCAGCUUUGUUAUGCCCCUUCUUUACCGCCACAUGAACAAAAGCUUCCCCAGCAAGCUCGGGCGCCUGAUGAAGAAGAUGCGCUGCGGGCGCCGGCACUGCGCCCCAGACCCUGCAGGGCUGCAGCAGGUGUUGACGUAGGUGGCCUGGGUCGGGUAGCUGAGCCCAAAGCCCUGGCUGACUCCCUCCUGGGACAUAAACUGAAGUUCCGAUGGACGCGUGGCACUUUGCUACCCUGGUGCUCUUGCCUGUCCUCUCCAGAAAGAGAUGCACCAAGGCCAGAACAGCACAGGGUGUUUUUCCUGAAGUUUUCUAUGUUUUUCCUAAAAGGCCACUCUUAGGCCAAGGCUGCGUUGUUCAAAGCAACAGGUGCCUGGUGUGAAGAAUCUGCUGUGUUCUUAUUAACAUGCCUGCUUUCUCUUAGAAAUGUGUGCGUUUCCUCUAAACACGCACCCUAAGGUCCAGGUCCUGAGCCUCCUCAACACCGGGUGUUCAUGAAGUGAUGAGACUCUAAAGCCACUAUUUAUACUGUAUUUGAAUUGUUAAAAUACUGGAUUCCUCCUCAUUUCUUUGGUGUCAUAGAAAAAUGACAAGUAUUAAAAUGAAGGAAAUGCUA